UUGAGAUACAUUUUGAUUGCUAUAUUUACCUAUAUUUCAACUAUUUACAAUGGACGCGAACACUUGCAACAUUCAGGUUCUUCUGCAAGCUGCUGAGUUCUUGGAGAGAAGAGAACGAGGAGCUCAGCUGAGGCUGAAAUUCAGCACUACUGAGGGCUGGACCAUUCGUCAACAAGGAGAUGGAGCCACAUAGAAACACGUGGUUUAAACCAAGACACAGAGAGGCAGAGCAUGGCUAUGCAUCAGUGUUGCCCUUCUACUGUCCAGGGGACUCUGAGAAGAAGAGUAAACAGAAGAACAAGAAGCUGCAGGCUGCCGGUAGUAACAGGACAGUCCAUAACGAGUUGGAGAAGCACAGACGUGCUCAGUUGAGACACCACCUGGAACAGUUGAAGCAGCAGGUUCCUCAGGUGUCUGACUCCAUGAGAAACACCACUCUGAACCUGCUGAGACGGGCUCAGACACACAUCAAGAAGCUGCAGGAUCAGGAUGAACGUGCGGAGCAGUUGAAGGGUCGUCUGCGUUGGGAGCAGAGAGAGCUGAGGGUGAGGCUAGAGCAGCUCCAGGGACAUGGAGGCCUGGGGGGUCUGACGGGUCUGGGCCCUGGGGGUCAGGGAGGAGCUGGAGCGGUCUCCGAGAGGAUGAGGAACGACAGCCUGGGAUCAGCAGCCAUGUCCUCUUCAGAGAGAUCUGACUCUGACAGAGAAGACGUGGAGGUUGAUGUGGAGAGUAUAGUGUUUGACUGUCUGGACUCUGAUGGACUGGGGACGGUCCCUCACACAGGCACAGAUCACUGUUACUCCAGCAGCCCCGCCUGGGCCGGGCUAUGACCUACCUACCACUGCAUACUACACACACGCCUCUGGGAGGGACACACACGCCUCUGGGAGGGACACACACGCCUCUGGGAGGGACACACACGCCUCUGGGAGGGACACACACGCCUCUGGGAGGGACACACACGCCUCUGGGAGGGACACACACGCCUCUGGGAGGGACACACACGCCUCUGGAGGGACACACCGGCGUCUUACGUCGGGCUUUAAAGGGACGAGCGUCGGAGUGACGUCACCUGACGGAAGACGCCGGGGACACAAAGGAG